ACAACUGCAGGGGGAGGUGUGCUGGGAUCCAGCAGUGGGUUAUCCUCCGCCGAGUUUCAUGUCCCGCGAGGAGAAGUUUUCACAAUUAAGCCGAUGCCACCUCCUAUUCCUCCUCUUCCUCCUCUUCCCCCUCCUCCUCUCCUAGAGCCCCGCCUCUGGCCAGCUGCACACCUGGACGACGGAGCAGCAGGAGCAGGAGCAGCAGCAGCAGCAGCAGGUGAAGGUGAAGGUGAAGGUGAAGGUGAGCAGGACCUCGGUGUGUCUUGUGUCUUAGUGUCUUCUUCGGCGUGCAGAGAAGACGCGGAGCGGGGCGAAGGGAGGCGAACAACACACAAAGGCAGCAUGGGUGAGGCACCGGUCAGAGAAGAUGGUAAAGUGACUCGAUCAGCAGAGUAUGUGGGCUCAUUUCCUGUUGAUGACCGCUGUUUGGAUGACCAGAUUAAGCAACUGCACACACAGCUGAAGUCCCUCAAACAGGCAUGCAAGAGGAGGAGGCCGGUCUCCCUAAAAUUCUCCAUUAAAGGUGUGAAAAUGUACGAUGAGGAUGAGACUACUCUUCUCAUGGCUCAUGCUCUGCGUAGAGUCUCUCUGUCCACGGCCCGGCCCACUGACGCGCAGUUUGCCUUCGUCUCACACAACCCAGGCAGCACUGACACCCAGCUCUACUGCCAUGUCUUUAAAGCAAGGCACGCCAGAGCGGCCCAGUUCCUGAACCUGCUGCUGUGCCGCUGUUUCCAGCUGUAUUAUCUGGAAAAGCACCCAGAGGAGGCCCAGGAAGACUCUGGGGGCUCAGCGCCUCGACGCACCCCCUCCCUGCUUAACCACGGCUUCCCCCUCAGCGUCAGCGCCCUGGUGUCCUUUAGAAGAGCUCCUUUUCGAGGGCUGCUGGCAGUCACUAAGAAACAUCAGAAGUCUUCCGACGACGUGAUUGGCAGCCAAGAUGAAGUCUUCCCCACCUCCUCUCCGUCCCUGGUGCGCAAGAAAGCCAUGCGCACCAAAGCGCUGCGCUCCGGCGCUUACCGCUCCUUCACGUUCACGCCACUCAAACAGCGCAACGUUCAGGAGCGACUGUCACAAGGAAAGGAACAAGGCCAGAUGCCAGUGAGGAGAUCCCGGGCUCCAAGCUUGGCCGAAACAGAAGAAGCACUGGCUCAAGCGGUGUGGUGUUGGGCUGGUAUCGCAACUGAGAGCAGCUAUUCCCUGCUUGCAGAGGACGUACUGGGUUCAUACCUUCUGUGUCCACAUCCUAAGAAACCCAAAUGUGGCUCUCUCAUCAUUCGCUUCCCCUCUGGCCCCGUCACCCACCUCAUAGUGAACACGCGUAAAGGAAAAUUCCUGCUGGAGAAAUGCAAGUCUGAGUUUAGCUCCCUUGCAGAGCUGAUUGAACACUACACAGAAGCCCAGUGUGAGCUGCCGUUUCCACUGAGCUGUGCCCGGGUGAACCACUGCUAUGAGUGGGAGGAAAGUACCAGCAUACAGCUGCCUGUAAAGAUACACCAGAGCACGGACAAAGCCAAAACAAAAAGUACCCUCAGAAAGGAAUGGGUGUAAACUCUGGACACUACAACGUGACGAUUGCCAACCUAAGAGGAUGCCAAAUAAGUCACUCAUUAUAUCUGUUGCACAUUUUGAAAUAAUUUACUUGUAAAUCACUUGGUGUGGUCAGGAGGCUUCACAAACUGUAAAGCACCUAUCAACAGUGUUGGCACUUAAUGUAUAUAGUAUACGUCAAUUAAUCAGAGAGUGCUCAUUUCUAAAAUAUGUAAUAUUUUGCGCUGGCUGCUUUUAUGUUUUUUUGUUUUUUUUUUUUGUUUUUUUUUUUGGUCAAGAUAAUUUUAAAAAUAUAUUUAUUUAUAUGUGCCUCUAAGUCUUUAGAGGAGUUACAGUUUUAUUAGUGUUUUUAGGCGUGAAACUAAAACCAGAUUCUGUGGAGUUGAACUAAUCGCUCCGAUUGUUGCACCUGAUGGCAAAGCACACUUCCUCUUUUUUUUUUCUUUUUGAUGUUCUUCUUAAAUUUUAAUGUUGUUUCCACAUCACUCUGUAUGUUUUAGACAUUUAUGCAGUGAUGUUUCAGAAUUACACCUAGUUCUUCUCUUAUCUUGCCAUCUCAGUGUAUUACCAUGACUAGUGUGAGGACUUAGAGCAGGAAAAAUGUAGACUGUGCUCUGAAUCUGUGUCUUAAUGUUUGUGUGCAGUAAUCCACGGUUAUGAUUGUUUGAUUAUUGUACAACUGACUAUAACUAAAGCCCUUUUUUCUAA